CUGUUUUGAAUAUUGUGUUUAUGGUUGGUGUGCGUGUGUGUGUUAUGUUUGGUAAGAGUUAAUUGGAGGCCAGGAUAAGUCUAUUACUGAAAUUGUGGCUCAGAAGAAACCCCAUACACACUACUUUCCAUUUCCGGUGGUGAGCAACAUUUCUGGGUCAUGGAUCGGAAAUAUAAUCACCGACUGCUGACCCACGUCCACCUCAUACCUGAGCCGAUUAUAGACAGAGGGCAGGUACAAUACGGUUCUCCGGCCCCAGCAAAACGACGUGUGGUGCAGCAGCAGCAGCCACAGAUGCGUGAGGUGCGUCCGCGUCUGCUGCUGCAUACUCCUGAGGUGCGUCCACGUCUGCUGCUGCGUAUGCCUGAGGUGCGCCCGCCUCUGCUGCAGACACCUGAGGUGCGCCCGCCUCUGCUGCAGACACCUGAGGUGCGGUCGAUUCCGCUGCAGACGUCUGAGGCCGAGGCGCCUCUACUGCAGAUACCUGAGCCACGGCGGCCUCUGCUGCAGACGCCUGAGAUGCGGCCGCCUCUGUUGCAAACACCUGAUGCACGGCGGCCUCUGCUGCAGACGCAUGAGGUGCAGCCCCUUGUGUUGCAAACACCUGAUGUGCGGCUGCCUCUGCUGCAGACGCCUAAGGCACAGGCACCUCUGCUGCAAACACUUGAGGUGCGUCCGCCUCUUCUCCAAAUGCCUGAUGUGCAGGAGCCUCUGCUGGAGACGCCUGAGGUGCGGGAACCUCUGCUGCAGACACCUGAGGCGCGGGAACCUCUGCUGCAGACACCUGAGGCGCGGGAACCUCUGCUGCAGACACCUGAGGCACGGCUGCCUCUGCUGCAGACACCUGAAGCACGGCUCCCUCUGCUCCAGAAGCCUGAUGUGCGGCCCCCUCUGCUGCAGGCGCCUGAUGCGCGGGCGCCUCUGCUGCAGGCGCCUGAUGCGCGGCCGCCUCUGCUGGAGACGCCAGAUGCGCGGCCGCCUCUGCUGGAGACGCCAGAUGCGCGGCCGCCUCUGCUGGAGACGCCAGAUGCGCGGCCGCCUCUGCUGGAGACGCCAGAUGCGCGGCCGCCUCUGCUGGAGACGCCUGAUGCGCGGCCGCAUCUGCUGGAGACGCCUGAUGCGCGGCCGCAUCUGCUGGAGACGCCUGAUGCGCGGCCGCAUCUGCUGGAGACGCCUGAUGCGCGGCCGCAUCUGCUGGAGACGCCUAAUGCGCGGCCGCAUCUGCUGGAGGCGCCUGAUGCGCGGCCGCAUCUGCUGGAGGCGCCUGAUGCGCGGCCGCAUCUGCUGGAGGCGCCUGAUGCGCGGCCGCCGCUGCUGCAGGCGCCUGAUGCGCGGCCGCCGCUGCUGCAGGCGCCUGAUGCGCGGCCGCCUCUGCUGCAGGCGCCUGAUGCGCGGCCGCCUCUGCUGCAGGCGCCUGAUGCGCGGCCGCAUCUGCUGGAGGCGCCUGAUGCGCGGCCGCAUCUGCUGGAGGCGCCUGAUGCGCGGCCGCCUCUGCUGGAGGCGCCUGAUGCGCGGCCGCGUCUGCUGCAGGCGCCUGAUGCGCGGCCGCGUCUGCUGCAGGCGCCUGAUGCGCGGCCGCGUCUGCUGCAGGCGCCUGAUGCGCGGCCGCGUCUGCUGCAGGCGCCUGAUGCGCGGCCGCCUCUGCUGGAGGCGCCUGAUGCGCGGCCGCAUCUGCUGGAGGCGCCUGAUGCGCCGUCGCAUCUGCUGGAGGCGCCUGAUGCUCGUCCGCCUCUGCUGGAGGCGCCUGAUGCGCGUCCGCCUCUGCUGCAGGCGCCUGAUGCGCGUCCGCCUCUGCUGCAGGCGCCUGAUGCGCGUCCGCCUCUGCUGCAGGCGCCUGAUGCGCGGCCGCCUCUGCUGCAGGCGCCUGAUGCGCGGCGGCCUCUGCUGCAGGCGCCUGAUCCGAGGUCACGUCUCCUGCAAACACCUGAGGUUCGUUCACCUCUCUUGCAAACGCCUGAUGCGCGGCCGGCUCUGCAGCAGAUAUUUAAGGCGAGGCAGUCUCUGCUGCGGACGCAGCUGCUGGUGCAGCAGAGUCAACAUCCGUCCAUGACACAGGGCCCUGUGGCAACUGUAGCUAUGCCGCAAGUGACGAGCACAGUCACAGAGGCAGAUCAAAACCCAAGUUCUAGAAAGCAGCAGAAAAUUUGUCAUCAUGGCCAUCAACAAACAAAUAUUGCCGCUGAAACUUACUCCCCAUUUUUCCAGUUAAGAAAUGGAAACAACAAUAAGCAGGUGGAUUGAACUCAUCUAGGGGUGAGAAGUCAUGUACCCACAUGAUGUGUACCACAAAUCCAGUUUCAGCUCACCGCAGGUCUGGGAAGGAAGUUUUAGCGUGCUGCAGAGUUUAGUAUGGAAAAUAACCACAUAAUGUUCUUUUUUGAACAUGUGUGCUGUGGAACUGAAAACACUCAGCAAGCAAGAUCUUAAAGUGCCGUACAUCUCCAACAGUUUUGUAGAGUUGAAGAUGGCAGAGAAAAGGAAAAGUACUGGAAGUUCUGCUUCCAGUAAAGGAAAUAAUUGGUCACUGGCUGAUAUGUUAACAUUUUUAAACAAUGGAUCACAAGUGAGUAAGUACAUCCAACAUUGAGGCAGAUGAAGUGCAAAGCCCACAAUAUGAUGGUGAACUGAGUAACAGAGAGGUGUGCCAGACAUUGCCAACUUUGUCAGAAAACGAAUUUUUUUUUUCUUUCUGAAGACGUGGAGGACAUCGCAUCAUUCAGACCACCACAGAGACCGAAACGCCAGCUUAUUAAUGCAUUUAAUGUUGCAAUAAGUGUUAAUUUCAUAUUUUUGUAUUGUGCAAUUUUCAUUUUUUACACUGUGUGCAUUAUUAAUAAAGCAGUAACACAUUAACAAA